GUGCUCGCGGAGGGGAGCUCGGGGGCCGCUCGCUCAGCCCUGGGGCUGCAGCCGGAGCUUCUCCCGCCCGCUCCUUCUCAGGCCACCCUCCCUCUCGGUCCCUUUGUUUCCCCGCCCGCACUGAGGGACGGGGCCGCACCGCCACCCCCGGCCGGGGCGAGGGCGGGCCGCGUGCUGGGAGCCCGCCUCAUAGGAAGUGAUGGAGGCCGAGGGAGGAGGCCGAGCAGCCGCUGGUUGCUGUUAUUUGGUAGAUACAGUAGCAGGAGAUCCAGAGGUUCUGCAAGCAGAUGCUGAAACAUACUAUGAAAAACUGUUGAAGCAGUCGUCAUCUGCUCCUGACGUUUUUUCCAUCCCUGGAGGAGCAAAGGUUAAACUUGAAGAUUCCUGUGUGUGUUUUGUCCCCCUCUACCGAAAUAGUCCUACUUGCAAAAUGUUGCUGUUAACUGAUCCACAGGAUAAAGAGACAGUUUUGGCACUUUAUAUGAACCAGCGAUGGUGGCCUGUUGAAGAUGUUGUAAAAACUGCUGACCCUUCUAGAGAUGGGUUGAUUUCGGUCCAGACGUUUGGAGAAAGGAUUGUCCUCUUUGUACUAAACUGCAUUAUUUUUGGAAUGCCGGAAGGGAAUUCAGCUAAUGAUGCAUUCUUUCUACCUCACUCUGCCACUGAGUGUGCCAAAAUACUCUGGAGAAAUGGUGAGGCUGCUGCCUUUUACUCAGUGAAGAUGAAAGGGAGUCUAUGUGAUGGUACUACCAGUCAAUGUUACUUGCUGCCAGUUUUGGAUACUAUAUUUGUCCAGAGAAAGUACAGAAGAAGCGGCCUAGGGAUGAAAAUGCUGCGUGAUUUCUGUCAGUCCUUCAGGACUGAGGAUGCCUUGGGGAUCAGCUGCCCUAUUUCUGCUGCCAUGUAUCAAGUUUGCCUGAAAUACUUGCAGACUUACCCUGAGGAACAGAAGCGACUCUGGGAGGUGGAAGCACCAGGAGAUUGGAGCCAGCGAGUGAAUAUCUGGUUAAAAAUUCAGAUGGAGUCAUCCCUUUCAGGAAGGCAUGGAAUACAUUCUUGAUGUUGAGAAAGAAGCAGGAGGUGCCACAGGAAAAUAAAUAAAUAAACAAAGAAGAUGACAGCAAGCAGUAAGGACUCUGAACUCACAGAGUCCUGAGCGGCAGGACAUAGAACAAAGUGGAGGCAAUAAUCACCAAUGCAAAGGAUCCAGAAGAGGAGCAGAUCCUCGGGAUAUUGUUGGAGACAAGGCCAUCAAAUGAUUCAGAAUUAUACCAUAACUGCACUCUAAAAAUGCAGCAAAAUCUCAGUCUAGCUUAAAAAAAAAUGUAAUUGAAUGUGCAUAAUUUGUAACACCAGAUAGAUUUUUUCAGGAAAGAUUUUAAUGGAUUGCAUGAGAUGACCAAAAGGGAAUAAUUGGAGGGCUCGCAGAUACUGAUGUAGGAAGAUAUUUCUAUGGAAACCACAUCCUGCAUUAUGGAAGAGAGAUACCGCAACACACAUUGGUAUCAGAAUGACAGCUGUAACCUUCCUUUCAAAGUGAACAAUUGAUGCUUCAAUUGCUUUCAUUUGAGCUUUUCCAGCAGAAAAAUCUGCCUUAAGCCCUGUGGUGGACAGGAGGUUAUGCAAACUCCAUUAAUGCAGGAAAAGUUCAGUACACAGAAGAAGCCUUGCAGUGACAUUCUCUCAGAUCAACCAGUCUCUUUGAUGCAGCAUAAUUACAAGGACAGAGGUGAUUCCCUGUCCCCUGCCAUUUCAGCGAUGGGAUCUGAAGGGGAGUGGCAUCCCGCCAGUAUCCUCUCAUGAGGAAGAAUCAAUUUGCAAGGUAUUGAAUAAACCCUUGGGCUCUGCCUUGGAGAGGUGACCACCCAUGAAACCAACUGACAUGAAAGCACCGCAAGAUAAGCUGUCAUCUUAAUAAAUCUGAGAGGGUAUGAAAACACAGAGUGGCCGUGGAGGUGUUUCGAGUGUGGCUAUGGACACACAGCUCCCAUUCAUCAGGACUGUUUGCAUCUGUCUGGCCUGACCUGUUGGCAGAAUGCGGCUGUUGCAUUUCUUGUCCUGCGCUGUUAAACUCGGUGCUACGCCAUGUGAUCUUGCUGAUGUCUGACGGCACUCCUGGAUCAGCAGCUCUUGCUACAUUGUUCUGCAAGUACAAAACUUCAACUCAUGGGCAUUAGGAACUCAUGGACAGACUCCACCUCACGUGCUUUUGGCAGAGAACGUGCUUAAGAAUCAUGGUGGGCCUUCGUAGAACUUCGAGGAGCUGGUGUGACUGGGAUGGCAGCUGUUCUGGUGCUGCUCUGCUGUAUGAGAAAUCCUGUCUUGUGAGAAGGAGAUGUCAGAGCUGCCUUUGGCACGAGGCUGCUGGGUGUCCAGAAAAAUCAAGUUAAAUUGAAAUCACCAUGGGAAAUCGGUGAAGAUGGGGAUAAACUACAGUUGUAAUCCUGUCUUGUGACUCUUCACAAGAAGGCUAAUGCUGGACAUAUACAUUUGAGGGCUGAAGAAAGCGUGUACUCGUGUUCCCCAGAAGCUGUCUCACUGCUCACAACACACUCACUGAGUCCUGGCUGGGAGAUGCCUAUGACAGUUGGCCUUAAGGGAGGAAAGGGCAGUGGAGGACCCUCUUACCAAUAAAGCUGGACAGUGAUUAAGGAAGUGAUUAUCCCUCUGUAAGCGGCGCCAGUGAGCCCACCUCAAGUACAGCGCUCAGUUUUGGGCCCCUCACUUCAGGAAGAAUACUGGACUGCAUCCACAGAAGAGCAUCAAAGCUGGGUGACGGGAUUAGAACACAAGACAUGUGAGGAACGGCUGAAGAAGCAGAGGAUGUUCGGUCUGCAGGAGGCUGAGAAGAAACCCGACAUGCCCUAUAACAGCCUGGAAGGAGGGCACAGCAAGAGUUAAGUUGUGGUUCCUGUCCAAGCCAGAAGAAGAGCUACAUUUGGUGGCCCUGCAUCUCACGUAGCCUCUGUGCAGCUGCUGGCCUGCUGUCCAGGACAAGGAACUGCCACGUGGAUUGACGAGAGAGAGAGACCUGAAACAGUUACCCUUAAAACCAUGAACUGCUGCGGUGAUGCGAGAUGCUGGCAAAGAGCAGAAUUCCCCUUCUCCCACAGUAAUAAUUCCUGCAGGGAAAGCAUCUUAUCUUAUUUUUUCACCUAGAUGUUUUUCUUCUCCAGAGCUCCCAGUUUCCAAACUCUGAACUUUCACAAACGCUGCCUGGAUGUCAGAGCCCUUUUGUCAGAAACACCAGAGCCUUCUGGAGUGAUGGUCCCGGUACUACAAAACCCCUUUGGAAAGCCACAGCUCUUGAACCAGCAUGGGGAAAGACUGAACUUUCAUUUUUAGAGAAGGCUUUCACAUCCCCAGGAUCUGCAUCUGAGAGGUACUCAAAAUACAGCCAAGAGAAGCUUUCUUUGCUGUAAAUUUCCAGAGGAUUACACUGAAUCAUAGUCUUGCAUAGUCCAGUUUAUGGAUUUGUACGUACUUAAUAUAAUUAGGCUCAGAUUGUCUUUAUGUAGCUUCUGCUCAGAGAGCAGGAACUAAUUUGGAAGGGGGACAGAGGGUGUCCCAGAAUGGAUGGGUCCAGUCUACGUCUACUACGAGACAGACAGACACACACUUGUUCUGAACAUCCUAAAACUGCUUAAGCGAAGCGCACUCCCCAGACUAGCUAUGCAGUACUGGCAAUGUUGUGCUGCUUAAGACAGAAGGAAUUGAUUUCUCUGUGCUCACAACACAAUAGCAUUCAGAUAUUCAAGCACCUAUUAUGAAAUCUGACUUUGCUUUAGUACUUAGAAGUCCUCGCAUAUUUUGUGGCAUUUAGGGCUGUCUUACUCUGCCUGAAAAUACAGUGAGGUUUUCCUGUCCCUACAUAAUGAAACAAAAUCCACACCCCAAACUCCUACAGCUCAAAACAACCAACCAGUGCAGCCCAGGAAAACUGUGGAUACUUUCGGAGAGCUAAAGAAAUGUACAUCAUGAGAAAAGUUUUCCUGUAUUUGAGAGAAGGUUGUCAGGAUGGUAAUAUAGUACAGUGUGUAGUGAGGACUGGGAGAUUUAUGUGCCGAUUCUGUGUAUGAUUUAUUUUGAUGAAUUGUUUUUUAUCAAUAUGUAAAAAUCCAAUAAAUAUAACUCCCUUUACAAAGGCUUGCUCCAGUCCCAGUGUUUCAGUGGACAGUUUUGGCAGAAAGUCAGGAUGUGCAUUAAAAACACACUUUUUGAGAAGUCUAAUAAAUAAAAGCUCUGAAAUAUGGUUUCCUACUGAGAAAGGCAUUUUAAAUCAUUUUGAUAAAGAACCUAAAUUAGGCCUUAAAAGGAGGGGGAAGCUAGGUCCCUGCAACUAAUUAUUUAUAGGUAUUUUGAAUAUAAAAGUCCAGGAAAGCCUGCCUCCAUCCCCCAUUCUCUGCCACAAUAAAGGGGAAAGAAAAAGCCAUUCCCCUUCCACCUCCCACCCAAAUUAUAAGGCAGAAGUGUUAGAAAGGGGCCAAAGAAAACAAAAUUAAAAUAGGGAACAGAGAACUGACAAAAACAAGGAACUUCAGAAGUCCUGGAAAAAAAAAAAACCUGCACACUUUCUCCCCAAAGCAGCGAUAGCAGGAGGGGACAGGUCUUCACUUCUCCUCCUCAUUACUCAAGAGCAGUGGGCUGCUACUCACCCCAGUCCUCUGAAGAGGGAAUAUACUGAUAUUUGCUAAGCACCACAGGGAAUGUUUUUAGAAGUGAAUAAACAUUUGAAUAGCCCCAUUCUCUCUGAAAGUCAAAGCAAUUUAGAGAUGGCAUAGAAGUCAAAACUGCUGGGGAUGUCGGCUUCUGAAUCACUUAAGUGCUUCUGGAUAUGUUAGUCCAAAAACGUAGCUGACGUUUGGCAUGUGUACAGCCACCCAUGGGCCUUGCCUUCAGGGGAGUUACAGCACAGCGACCUGCUACCCCCUGCAGCAGAACCAGUGGGGCUGAAGAUGUGCUCUGUGCUUCAGUGGGAGAGUCUGUGGCUCCGCAGCAGCAAUUGGCAGCGCCCUGGUUUGGAUCUCAAGCCAAGCCCAGAAACUCAGGUGCAGUUCACAAGGCUCAAGGCUCUGAAUGGGAAGGCUGACAAAUGAGAGAUUAAUAAAUGGAAGCACAGUGUGUGUGCUGGAGAGAUUUCUGCUAUGGUGGUUGUGCCUACCAGGCUUCCUACUGAACUUACUGCUAUUCAUCUUACAGACAUCUAGAAUUUCCCUCCCUGUUCUCAGCUUCACCUUGUACUCCCUUCUGCCUCCAGGCACGAGAUGCUCUUGUCCCUGCACAAGGGCCAUUCAUUCUCUGCUCCAUCAGGAGCGCUUCCCUCUGAGUUUGGGUUCAUCCCUCUCCUUAAAUCUGACCUUCACAUCUUCCUUCUCAUUGCAGGGCUCAGUAAGGUGCACUACAGAAAGAGCCACUGCACUUGCUGAAGCAGGAGGCUGCUAGCACUAGGGAAGGAGAACACAAACCUCAGAAAAUUAAUAGAAGCAUUUAAGAGUUGGAAUUUAACAAUGUGGGUCUGCAUCUACCUUUGGCCUGCCUCUGUGCUGUAGUUUCAUAGGACACAAGAGCCCUUUUGUUGAUUGGGGCCAGUUACUACAAGUCUUCUAGCAUCCUCCAAAUCCAAGCAAGACGAGGCUGCCCAGACUUACAGACAGCUUGCAGCCCUGAUGUGGGCACAGCCUGAACUUGCAGACAGUGCCCUCUCAGGUCAGAAAGAGCAGAAAAGCUCAGCCACACAGCACCAGUGCAGCAUUUAGCUCCAAAGCUGACACAAAUACGUGGCCAAGUUUUCAAAACAGCUGAGCAGCUUCAGGGCUUUGUUACCUGCAAACACAUCAGCGGGAACGGCAGGACUCAGUUCUGAAAACCUGGGCUGGGAGUACUCAAAAAACGGGCCAAGGGCUCCUCUGAAAAUAUCCUAAAUGACCAAAUGAGAAAGAGCAACGGAUAGAAUGGCAGCACAAAACCAGAAGGUGCUAGCUGCAAUUGAAGACAAGAUUUUGUCCCCAGUUCACAGCAGCUCUGAGAUUUCUCUCAACCCACCAAAAAGAGAAAAGAGAAGUUCACAGAUAGUCAAAAUGUAAAAAAGAAAAAAAAAAAAAGCAAGAAAAAAGCAGAAAUCUGAAUUCAAACUGAGACUUAAGUAAUAAAAAAAACCUGCCAAAAAUGUUCAUUUGUUUCAGGAAAACUUAAACACAGGCUUCUGACAUCUUCAACUUAACCAAAAAACAUCAGCCAUAAUGAUUCCUCCAUCCGAUUCAACAUUAAUAUUCAGACAAAUGUCAGAAGCUGUCAUUUCCCAAGUGAAAGCAAUCCACAUUCAUUUACAGCUGGAACACCUAAGGCCACACUGCUUCUGAUGAACCAGCGGUAAAUUUUAAGCUGAAAUGAAAGAAAGAAGUAGAAGCCGAUGCCUGAGUGCCUUCUGAAAAACAUCAAAAUGUAUUUUCUUUUCAGUCCCUAAAAAAAGGAUCUGAUUAUUUAGGGAUCCUUUCCUCCUCACUUCAUUAUCAUUAGCUUAGCAGCGCUGGGUUAUCUAAUUACUCAGCUAGAGCUGGAAACUGCAUUUUCAUGUAAUAAGGUGUAAGAGGACUAGGCUGUCUAGCUUAGUAGUCAGUACUUGAAGAACAGCUGUAAAGAGUAGAGUCGGGAAGGCUGCAGCACAAGAGGAAAUCCUCAGUAGAAUUCAAGUGCUUUACAUCUGUCAUAAACAUACUUCCAGAUCAAAUUAAAGGAAUUUCUUUUAACUGUAUUCACAGGCUCCAAACACUCCACACAACAAGCUGCCUGAGAUCUUAGUCAUUCUGAGAAAUGAAUCAUUCCCCUUGUCAUCUGGCUGUUCUCUGCUGACUGCUAAUUUGCUGUAUAUUGAUUUUAAGACUCUGUUAACACAUUAUAUUUUUGUGUUAAGCCAGGAAGGCUUUUCUUGCUGAAAAAUCACGUCCCAUCCUUAUUCCUCACAAUAUUCAGUUUUGUUCCUUCUCAUUUAUUUAGAAUGACUGAUCAACGCUGUUUAAUCAGCUUUUAGUGGCUCUGUGAAUUGUUCCAUGCUAUUGUAACCACCUACAUGUUUUUCUACCAGCAUUUAACAUCACAACAUGAGUUCUACGUUUUGGACUUCCGUGUUUGCCUACUAAUGCAAAAACUCAGCAGAGCAAAUGAACGUUGAGGUAACACCCUGAGAUUUUGGAAUUCAACUGCUCAGAGAAAUGACUGAAGGAAGAACUGAAAACACAGAUCAUAGGAACAACACCAGCAUUUUCCUCACUGAUUUGAAACAGGUCAGGACUUCAAAAAAUUCCUGUAAGGACCUGUGCUGUUACAGCUGGCGAUUAAAAUUUACAAUGAAUUAGAUAAUAAAUAUUUUGUUUGCUUCUUCUGAAAUGUCAUUAGCAGUGACGUCGCUCACCGGGCUAUUACAGAACUGCUGUUGGCAAAAAUUGAAGUGUAACACAGCAAAGCUUCAUGUUUCAGAUGCUUAUAAAACUUAAUUCCCUGAAUAACGCUACUAAUUUGGGUCUACUUGUAUGCCUGAAGAUUGUACAUAAAUAUUUUUAGUAUGUACUUAGACCACAACUUUGCUUUUAUUGAACUGUUUCUAGCGGGUCUAAGAUCUUUGUCACUUCAAAAUAAAACACGUUGGUUACAUUAAAGGUAUUCAAACAUUCAA